AUGAGCAAUAGCAUUUCGACAUGUUUUGCCGCAGCAGCACUUGUCAGCUUCUUCUGUGAGACGGGAGGGGAAAUCCGAUGGGCCGAUGCCGUCUCGGUUGCCUUUGACGCUGGCGCCAGAAAGGUAGCGUCCAGCGGCUCAGGCAAUGCGUUGAUAGCUUGUGCUGCGAUCAUUGUGGUUUCCUUCUCUAUGCAGGAUCUGCUGCACCGAGCUGUAGGUGCAGUCUUGCACCAUGCGCGCGAUCAGCUGGAUUCGAUGCUUCAUCUUACACCGGGAACCUAUUUUGCGAAGAAGCUGGCGGAUCAUAAUCUUCUGCUCCCCACGGUAGAUAAACAGAUUACUGGUUGCAUCGAUUUAGAUGGACUUUAUGCCAGAAAAGAACAGUGUGUACCAGCCAGCUGCUCUUAUUCCGCUGGCUAUGUGUCGGGGCGUCGUUUCAUUUGUUGGUGUAUCAUUGGCACGCAGCUUCUGGGUUGUUUAUUGUGCGUAUUUCUCCAACCGAAUCUUCCCUACCGCCAUGCUGCAGCGACGUUGCCUCUGUCUCUACUCUCUGUCGUGCGCUCCUGUAUACUAGGGGCCGCAGACCACCCGGAUGUUACGUGGCCACUGCCCAACCUUGUGACAAGGCUGAAGUGGGAAUCGCCAGAUGGUUACUUCAAAGGCUGGGCUCCCGGAACGGACAACGAGUUCGUCAGUAAAUACAGAAGCAGAGUUCCCGAGUGGCUGCCCGAGUCGCCGCCUUCCGGGUUCCAUCGUUGGGAGCCUCAGUCAAAACCGACGUCUGGCAACACGUCGGACAAUGCAACCGACGACGAGCAUGCAGAAUCUCCAGAUUCCGCAUCAGACAACCAGCACUUUUAUAACCCCGUAAAUGACCCCUUGAAGAUCAACAACCUCCAUGGAAACAUCUUGCCGGCGCUGAGAAACACGCUGGAGCUAGAGUCGGUCAACAUACGGCAUGUUGUGCUUAUUCAGAUGGAAAGUAUGCGGCAGGAGCUGUUUCCUCUUCAAAAAGAAUCCAACUUUCACAAAAUGGUUUUGCAGUCACAUGAUGAGUCCAAGCAUGAUGAUGUGAAUCUUCAGCUGGCCCGCCUCACUGUGAACGCGGAAAGAGUAACCGGAAUGUCGGGAGAUUUUCAUACAGCUGACGGAAGACGGAUUCCACCGGAAUCCAAGGAGUGGCACGACAGGACAGAAGCUGGCUUAGGGGGCUUGAAUGUCAUCGGGACACACACUACUUGCAGCUCGUCCAUUAAGAGCCUGGCGGCGAUACAUUGCGGCGUUUGGCCCAUGCCCGUCGACUGGUGCGAAGAAUCCAAGCUCCAGAGCUAUCAGCCUUGCUUGCCGCAGAUCUUCAAGUUACUCAAUAUGCUAAAGAGUGAAACACGCAACAGCUCAGACUAUCGUGACCAUAAAUGGUAUCCUGCCUUUUUUCAGUCCAUUGCCGAUGAGUUUGACGACCAAAACAACAUGGAUCAGAUGAUUGGAUUCGAGCACAUCGUGACUAGACAGCAAGUCGAUGACCAAGUUGCAAACAGCGGGGUGGAUGAGGAAGAGGUCAACUACUUUGGAUAUGCUGAAACGGCGAUAAAGUCUCAUAUUAAGGACUACAUAAAGAAGGCAAUAGAAAGCAAUCAGCGAAUGUUUCUCUCUCAUUUCACCAGCACGACACAUCAUCCGUGGAGCGUCCCGUCGUGGUUCGACAAGACGGAAUACAUGGGUAGUGCGCGCGGGGGACUUACGACUUCGCAUGAAGACAUGAACAACUACUUGAACACGAUCCGCUGGAACGACGCCUGGGUAGGCGAGGUGAUGCAGCUGCUCGACGACUUUGAAAUCUCAAACGAGACGUUGGUCGUCUUUGUGGGAGACCACGGGCAGGCGUUUAGAGAGGACACCAAAGCCAGCGGCACGUACCAGAACGGCCAUAUCAGCAAUUUCCGCGUGCCUCUGGCAUUCAGGCAUCCGCGAAUUCCCCGUGUUCAACUUGCCGUGAACUCAACCUCCAUCAACAUCUUGCCUACAGUGCUUGAUCUCUUGAUUAGUAGCGGGUCGCUGAAUGCGCGUGAUACCGAUGCAGCGUCGGACAUUAUCCAAGAUUACGAGGGGCAGUCACUAAUCCGUCCCUUUGAAGCCACGCAUCGCGGCCGCCGUGCUUGGAACUUUAGCAUUGUCAAUCCAGGCGGUCGCUUCCUUGCCAUGACGUCGGCCGAUGUACCCUGGCGGCUUGUUCUCCCUUGGGACGACAGUGCGGAAUACGUCUUCACGAACCUUGAGAAGGACCCGCUAGAACUAGACGGCAUCUUGAAUUGGUCUCUGGAAGGCCUUGUGUCGGAUGUUGAACGACAUCUUGGCACGGAUGCGGCCACAUGGGUGCGCGAGGCAGCAUCUGUUGCCCGCUGGUGGGGGAUGGAACGUAAACGACUCUGGAAAUACCACUGA